AUGAAAUCUGGAAUAGAUCCCCCCUCUCACAUUCUCACUUCGUCCUCUGGAGCGUCAGGUCUCUACGACACCCUUCCCAACAGUGGCUACCCAAGAGACGGCCCUCCUCGUAAUUCCGAGGUGAACAAUCUCUAUCGCGUUGCUAGACAACAGCAAUCCAAUGCUCACGCCGGUCUCUUGGUGGUUGUGCUGGCUUGUGUGGGCGAGUUGCCUCAACACAUCCCCUACCUCUCCAAAACCACUCUCGACUGUCUCAGUGAAUUCCUCCUAUUUCCUAGUCCUACACUUAGCAAACUCAAUCGCAGUAUAUGCAGAAACUCCAGUGGCCGACGGUCAAACACUUCUGCCAGCACCCGGGCUCGAACUAUGACCUUAGAUCAAUGGGCACACGGUAGUCGAUCGCCACGCGCCCAACGCCUUCUUGACCGAAUACGUGCAACUGCUAUUCAAAGCCUUUGUCGAGUUCUUCUUACAAACAGGAGCUAUGUGGAAAGUCUACUUGCAGAACUCUCGAGGAAGCUAUACAAUGCUACCACUGAAAGUGAUAGAGACACAGACCUAAUCUAUCAGAAUGUAAUUCUUACUCUCGGUCGCGUUGGUAUUGAAUUGGCCAAUGUUCCCAAUACUCAAGAACAGGUUCUUCAGCUCAUUCAACAGUGUCUUGAAAUACCUAGUGUCUCCUUGGAAUUAAUCGAAAAAAUCAUUGAUCAAUGCGCCUGUAUGGUUAUCGGCGGAUGUGUAAGUUAG